GGCGGGAGGAGGUCUCAGCGUUAUCCUCUCCAGCUUCAAGCCGGACCCCACACACUCCUCUGGGAAGUUAAAAUCUUGUCUGCUGGAUAUUCUCUCCCUGCCAGGGGUGAAUAUUUCAACCUUUGCAAAUUACUUUACUGUUGCAAGUUACUGCAGCGUCUUCCAUUAAUUUCAGCAAAGCAUAACUCCUUCUGGGAUAUUACCAUCCAGUCAUCAACAGGAUUUCAACAGCAUUAUUGGCUCCUCCACAAACGCUGAUCAUCCUUUAGCAUCAAUUUUUGCUUAAAAUGCUAUAUUUGAGCCAGAAAGCUGGAAGGAGUUUCUUCUAUCAAAAUACUCUGUAAAAAUGGAAACGAGACAACAAUAGUCCUUGGUGCUGACUACUACAGGAAACAAACCAUCAUUUUAGAUGUAAUCCUAUAAACCUAUGAAAUCACUGAUCUAAGAAAAGGUUCACAGACUUAACAUUUGUUCACAUAAUCCCACUUCUGUGGAUGACAUCCCUCAAUUUAGAAAUGCUUUUUUCUCAGAACUGAGCUCCAUACUGGAGUUUAGGAGUAGAAACUGGUCAAAAAGGACGCUGAGACACCAUGGAUCAUCAACAUAGACUGAGUCGGUUUUAUAGGGAGUACCAAAAUAGUAAUAUGAUCGCCCUUCACUACAACUACACAGGAAAGCUAAGUACCAGUAGGUACAAAGGAGGAUUAAAGGCAGAAGCAGUGGUCUUUCUGGUGGUUUGUGUCCUCAUUGUCUUGGAGAAUCUUAUUGUCCUCCUGGCCCUCUGGCGCAAUAAGAAGUUUCAUGCACCUAUGUUUUAUCUUCUUGGAAACCUCACUUUGUCUGACUUGUUGGCAGGGGUGGCUUAUAUGGUCAACAUAGUGAUGUCAGGUGCAAACACCUUACGCCUUACACCCGCAAUGUGGUUUAUAAGAGAAGGUGGUGUAUUUGUUACAUUGACUGCAUCCAUUUUCAGCUUGCUGGCGAUAGCCAUUGAGCGUCAUAUUACCAUGGUCCGUAUGAAGCUCUACAGUGGUGACAAGAAGGGUCGAAUGGCCCUACUCAUUGGGGCAAGUUGGCUGGUGUCCAUAUUUUUGGGUGUAUUACCUAUCUUAGGAUGGAACUGCAUUGAUAAUCUCCCUUCUUGCUCUACUAUCUUGCCAUUGUAUUCCAAGGACUACAUUCUGUUUUGCAUCAGUGUCUUCUUGGCUAUCCUUAUCUCAAUUGUGGUCCUUUACCUUCGAAUCUACAGGAUUGUAAAACUCAAUAGUCAGCGUCUGGGUACCCUUCGUAAGGGAGUACUGAGAAAAUCCCAAAAGUACAUGGCUCUUCUGAAAACUGUUACCAUUGUUGUAGGCACAUUUAUUGUUUGCUGGCUUCCUCUCUUCAUACUCCUUCUUUCUGAUGUCUCUUGUGAAGUUAAUAGUUGCCCAGUUCUUUUUAAAGCUGACUACUUUCUUGGCCUGGCCAUGAUCAACUCCCUACUCAAUCCCAUCAUCUAUACUUUGACAAGUCGGGACAUAAGGAGAGCCAUCUUGAAGCUUGUCUGCUUCCUCUGUAUAGUCACAGAAGAGGGUGAGACUAAACGGCGUUUUGGAAUUCUCCCUGUUUUGGAGAGAAGCACCAGCAGAUCUGAAAAAUCUUCUCAUAAACAAGAAGGACUGGAAACCACAGUGUCUUCUGGAAAUGGAACACCAACUCCAGUGAAGCCUCUGGUGGCAAAAACAGUGGACUAUUAAUAUAUCUUUCGAUCCUUAAUUACCAAAAAUAAUCAGACUUUGCUCUGCUACAAGCAAAGAGCACCUCUAAAUGAUCUAAAGUUCAAUGGAACAACAUAAUAUGUCAUAUUCAUUAAGAAUAUUUGCAAUAUGCUUGCAUUUAGAGAAAUGCUUUCUAGAAAAUCACAAGUUUUGUGAUUACCUUUUUUGUGUAUAUAACCCAGCAUUCUCCAGUAACUCCAAAUCCACUUUUAUAUCAAUACCCACACGAAAACAUCAAUAAUAUGCACCAUGUUUUUCAAAAGCGUUUAACAGAAAAUACCAUGCAUUUAUUGUAAAGAUAGAGAACACACCUAUAUCGAUAUAUAUAAAUCAAUCUUAGCUAUUCAUACAUUCUUUAUCUUUUUACUGAGUUACCAUCGAAAAAAAAAAUUAAAAAUUGUAUAUAGUAAUAUUACAUCUGAAAACUAGAGAGCCAGACCUGCUAGGAGUAGACGUGUGCAUUCGGAUCCUUUGUUAGGAUCCGAAUACGUAAGAAGGCAGCCACUCGUGGCCUUCAGCUCUUUUCGGAGCCAGAUUUCUUCUUCUGAAAGUGCAACACACUUUGAUCUGUUUUGCACAGAUCUUAGUGUGUUGAACUUUCACAAGAAGAAAUUCGGCUCUGAAAAGACCCGAAGGCCACGGCGGCUGCCUUCUUACGCAUUCGGAUCCUAACAAAGAACCUGAAUGCACGCAUCUACUAGAAAGCCAGACAUUAAUAUAUAUAUUUUUGGAUAAAUAUGGGAAAGAAAGAGAUCUGGUAAGCUGUAAACUUUAAGUUGGCUUUCUACACUCAGAAUUUAAUAACACAAAAUAGUAGACUUCAUAGGUUUAACUGUGUAAAGAUUAGUGGCUUUUCAAAGAAAUAUAUAAUAAAAAAAUAUUUUUUUAAAAUAAUUAGUCAGGCUGAAUGUGGUAGCUUAGUGUCACUACUGACAAAGAGCUGUCUGCAGUGGGUAAAGGUUUUGCCACAUUUGUUUGAAGCAGCAAAUGUGGGUUACAGUCAUUCUGUACAAAUGUUGAAUGUUUGACAGUUUUGAAUGUUUUUUUUAUUUAAAGAGCAUGUGGCAUUUGGAACUGUGAAAUUAACAUUUGUGCCGUACAAACUUUUGAUGGUGGAAAUUAAUGCUAAAGGAAUAAUUUAUUUGAACAAAGUAAGUCAUGCGUAUAUUGCAGCUCCAAGCCCAAAUUUCAGAAAGAAUCAUGAAACAGAAUGACUGGUAUAUAGUAUGGCAUAUGAACACUUUAGUUUAAAUACUAAUAAUUUACCCAGGUUCACUCAAAUCUGGCCGGCCACUCCCAGACCUCUUUGUUUAUAUUAUUAUUGUUUAUUAUAUUUUUAAUUUUAGUAAUUAAAGAAAAUAAUUUAUCCUCGGCUUUUCUGAUAAGGCUCAAUUAGGUCUGAUGUUAAAUCUAAUUCAAAUGCAAAAAUUAAAUGCUCCUAUAUUGUCAGAACAUUAUUUUUUUUGCAUUAUUAAUUCUAGUUAACUAUAGGUGCAAUACACUUAGGUAAAGUCAAAUGAAGCAUUGCAUCUUCCCAGCAGGAACGGCAGGAAUUGGUUCUGUGAGCCAAUCAGGAAGUCAAUUUUGCAGCCCUUAUUUGUUAAUUAUAGUCAUAAAGAUAUGUGUUUUUGAAUAACCACAUUGAGUGCUGGGAUUUUUAGUAUGUAUUACUGAGCACUACACUGCAGCCACACAGUUUAAAAUCGCCCCAGAUGUUAAUCUUACUUGUUGAGGAUUCUGGGAAUUAGAUUAAAACAUUUUGGCCUACCUAUAAUGUAAUAUAAAUAAUAAUAUUGUUACAGACCUGUGACAAAUGUUUGCUAGGUCUGAGAUUGUAAACAGAUACUGUAUAAUUUGUGUAUAGUUGUACAUAGAGUACCAUAUUCAUAAUUAAGUUAAAUAUGCAUUAAAUAGACAAUAAAUGUAUCAUUUUGUAAACUGCUUAGUAAUAAUAUCAGUUAACAGGUCUGUUUUUUCCCCCAAGUGCUGUAUUUAAUACCCCAUGUGUGUGCCUGAUUACUUACAUGCCAUUUAGCCUCUUAGGCCCAAGUAUUUUUUUAAGUUAUGACUUACUUUUGUACAUCAGCUUUACCACUUAAAGGGAAAGUACACUGUAAAAUUGUUUUUAUAUUAAUGUAUUUUUAAUGACUUGUUAUACCAGAUGCAAAGUAUAAAAUGUAUAAAAAUUGCAUUUUCAGGUUUAUGAAGUAGCUGGUUUUGUGCCUUUAAACCACUGCCUAUUACAAUGGGUUGAGCUUCAGAUAAUAUCAUAUCUCAUUAUGUUAUCACUUUGUGUACACACACUUGCUUCCUUAUCUUAUAUUUUUCUGGAAAACUAAAGCUCAAUACAUAGAGGGAACAAUGGAAAAUGAUCAUUUUAUUACUUAACUAUCCUGCCCCCCACUUUGAGUUUAAUUUCUUCUGCUGGCUGUGUUCACUUAGGCUAUUCAAUAGCUGAGACUCCAGUAUCAAAACUUUCAGUAUAGUUUGGACACCACAAGCUAAAUCAGCUAUUUCAAAGGCCAAAAUGGGGUAAAUCAGCUACCUGUAAACAAUUUAAUACACUCCAGCAGCAGGUAAAAUGGAUCAUUGGGGGCAAUUUAAAUGUGAGAAGAAUUUUGGAUGAACUGUCCCUUUAAUGUUUUUUUUGGUUGAGGAGUCAUUAGCCAGUGAUGAAAAGGUUGCAGGAGCACACUUUGCUUUCUUUCACUGGUGUAGGUUAUACCAUCAUCUGAAUCAUAAUGUAAAAAAAUGCUUGGGUCUAAGGGGUGGCUGGUAUGUAAGUGAUCAGACACCCAUGGGGAUGUUAAAUGUGUAAUUACUGAAUGUUCUUUGUGGGAAUGAACUAGAGCUAUGCCUUUCUGAUGACUAUGCAGUGCUUACCAAUUGUACGUUUAGGUUUACUGUAUCUUAAAAGUGGUGGUAAAUCCUAGUGUUUCAAAAACAUUAGGAUUUACCAGCACUAAAAAUAAAUAGGACCUUCAGUGAUGUCUUUGUAAAAAAAGUCUGUUAAUCGUGCCUCCUCAAUAAAUUAAAAGGACAGUAUACUGUAAAAUUGUUUUUUCCCUUAAUGUGUUUACAAUUGCUUUUUUUACCAACUGCAGAGUAAAAUAUGUAUGAAAAUUAGCUUUUUAAGGUUUAUUUCUGUAUAUUAAAGCUCUGAUUUUGUGUUUUGAAGCCACAGCCUAAUAAAAUAGGUUGAGCUUGUAGGUAUAAUCAGAUCUCAUUACUGUAUCACAUUGUGCACAUAUACCUGCUUCUUUAUCUUAUAUCUGUCCUUAAAACAAUCACCAAUACUUUGAGAGAACAAUGGAAAAUCAACAUUUUAUUACCUUAUCUCUGCUUUAUCACACUGGGAGUGUAAUUUCUUAUGCUGGCUGUGUUUACAAAGUUUAUUUAUAGCUGGUACGCGCGGCCACAAACUUUCAGAAUAGGUGGGGAUACCACAUGCUAAAUUAACUAUUUCAAAUGCCAAUAUAAGGGUAAAGGAGCUACUUGUAAACAAUUUAAUACACUCCAGCAGGUAAAGUGGAUCAUUGGGAACAAAUUAAAGGGGAGAAAAUUUUUGAGUAAACUGUCCCUUUAAAUGGCUCCGGCCGCCCACCGCACUGCUCUCUUUUUUUCAAUUACGUGAGGUUUCCACCUCUAAGCCAAUAGCUGUGCUAGCUGAUCGGCACUGUUCUGGAUGCUAGCACAGCUAUUGGCUUAGAGGUAGAAAUGUCACCUCAUUGAAAAAAAGACCACUGUGCCGUGGGCGGCCGUAGCCACUUAGUUUAACGAGGAGGCAACAGCACAGAACGGGUACGGUUAGCACACCUUUUUACAGUCAUCACUGAAGCUCCUAUUUAUUUUCAGUUCUGGUAAAUCCUAGCGUUUUUGAAACACGAGGAUUUACCAUACAUAGUCCUCAAAUACUAAAACAAAAUGCAUUUGAAAUAAUCCUGAGUUAAUCUAGUCAUUGCUUGUGAACAUUUUGCGCUGUACAAUAGUGGUGUAUGCUUAUACACAGAUUAUGAACAUGCUUUGCAAUAGAAUGUUGCAUCUUUCUAUAAUAAACAUGUAGCACACUGUGGGCUAGAUUCUAGUCUUGUUGCAAAAGUGAACAUUAAAGGGAUAUGAAACCCACAUAUUUCCUUUCAUGAAACAGAUAGAGCGUGCAAAUUUAAGCAAAUUUCUAAUUUACUCCUAUUAUCAAAUUUUCUUUGUUCUCUUGGUAUCUCUAUGUGAAAAACAGGAAUGCAAGCUUAAGAGUCGGUCCAUUUUUGGGCCACCAAUCUGUAAGUUCUACACAUCGUGCUGAACUAAAAAUGGGCCGGCUCCUACGCUUACAUUCCUGCUUUUUCAAAUAAAGAUACCAAGAGAACGAAGAAAAAUUGAUAAUAGGAGUAAAUUAGAAAGUUGCUUAAAAUUGCAUGCUCUAUCUGACAGAAAAAAAUGGGUUUCAUAUAAAAGCACAACUGCACAGGAAGUCGGUUAGUCAGCAUGCCACAAUGAAGCCAGACAUUUUCUAGCUACAGCAAAGUGUAUCUGCUGAGUUAAAUAUUCUUACCCUCUGAUUAGACACACCAUCUGGAACUAGAGAGAGCUGACUUAUUGAUACCAAUGCCAUCUGCUAAUGUUACUAUGGCGGCACAUACCCAGUCAUUGAAUAAUGCUAAGAUGCGGAAAUACAUUGUAAUAUAAUACAAAGAUAAAUAAAGAAAAUGCUGAGCUUCCUUU